ACGGCAAGCUUUUAAGUUUUAACCCCCACAGCUCCCCGUGCCCUUAAAACCGACAAUUGGAAAUAAGCAAUUCGCUCUCUGCUUUUGCUAAAACCCUAAGCCUUUCUUCUUCAUCUGUCUCUUCAACAAUGAAGCUCGUUAGAUUUUUGAUGAAGUUGAACAAUGAGACUGUCUCUAUUGAGCUCAAAAACGGCACUGUUGUUCAUGGAACUAUAACAGGUGUGGAUGUCAGCAUGAACACACACCUGAAAGCCGUCAAAAUCACACUAAAAGGAAAGAAUCCAGUGACAUUGGAUCACCUGAGCGUGAGGGGUAACAACAUCCGCUAUUAUAUCCUCCCUGACAGCUUGAAUCUUGAGACGCUGCUGGUGGAAGAAACACCUAGGGUGAAGCCUAAGAAGCCAACUGCUGGAAAACCCUUGGGGCGUGGUCGCGGACGUGGACGUGGACGUGGACGCGGUCGAGGCCGCUAAAAUGCGUUCUAGUACUAAUUUUUGUGAUGUUGUCUAUGUAAACAUGUUUGUAUUGAUAGAGAUAUUUACUCUUAGUAUUCUAGCGCAAGUAUAUUGUGAUCUCAUGCAACUAGUUGUCCUGAAUCAUUUAGCAUGAGCCUUGGAGCUGUUAUUCUGUUCGGAA